AUGGAGAGACUAAAGCGACAUGUCUGCCACUCCCAGGGCAGGUGGAGUGAAGUAAGAGAAAAAGAGCGGGAAAAGGAAGGGGAGGAAAUGUCACUCUGCCUGUAUGAGUGUCUGAAGGCUGUUGGGCUGCAGCGUCACUAUGCCAGGUUUACCUCAGUGGGUGUUCAUCGUGCAGCCCACCUCUCAGCACUGACCAUGGAGGACUAUCCCAUCCUGGGAAUCCGCUCUAUGGAGGACAGGACUCAACUCUUCCAUCUGAUCCAGAUGGUCAAAACUCUUGAUCUUGAAUAUGAGGAUGGUGAUGAUGAUUAUGAUGUCGAUGAAGACUACCCCGUAGCAGAUAAUAGCUUUACUUAUGAUGAUGUGUAUGAUGAUGAUGAUCAGAAGGGUGCUGCUGUGAGUAAGUUAAGUGCAACCAGUUUUUCCAAACCAAGCGUUCGCAGGCGGCUUGAUUUCAGUUCUGAAACCACUGAUCACCACCUGAAGCUAUCGUCUCCUCCAGAAGGUGCUGUUCAUGUCUAUGCAAGUCAUAACAGAAAUAAUGAGCCAGGCCAGGGCAAAGGCUCAGCCGUAGCUCUGCAGCUUGACACUGGAAGUGCUGUGGUAUGUGGCUGCAACGGGAAGAACAACCACAGACUGGAUGUCCGUAGUCAUGAAUCUGAUCAUCAUACAGGAGCAAACACAGAGCCAAAAACAUUUGAAGGAUACUCCAUGUACACCUCUCCUGCUAGAUUAUCACCAAAGUGUGUCAAACCAAAACCCAGGCCUGCAACAGGGGCAUCAAAUAGGUUUAGCAACAAACCAGUUGGGCACAAAGAUGGAAAACGAAUCUCUAGGAAGGAAAAACUCAUCACAGAAAUGAACAAUAACAUGGCUACUGAACACAAGCCAACACCUGUUUAUGAAUCAAAGACAACAGCCGGCUACAACUACGGACUACCGCUGAGUUCCCCUCCUGCUCCAAACAAAAAACAACCAGAAGGGCAGCGGAUCACUGUGUGUGUGAGGAAAAGACCUCUGACACGCACUGAGUGCCGGAGAGGAGAGGCAGAUGUUGUAACAACUCCAAGUGGAGAGUGUGUGAUUGUACAUGAAGGCAAAGAGGCUGUGGAUCUCACACAGUACAUACUACAGCACAAGUUUUACUUCGAUCAGGUUUUUGGGGAGGAGAGCUCCAACGAGGAGGUGUAUCUAAGAACGGCAUAUCCUCUGGUGCAACACAUGCUCAAUGGAGGCAAGGCCACCUGCUUUGCAUAUGGCCAGACAGGUGCAGGGAAGACUCACACCAUGCUGGGUUCACCCUCUGGGAGACCAGGAUUGUAUUCACUGGCAGUCCAGGACAUUUUUGCUCUCCUCUCCACCACACACAUGCACCCAUGCUUGAUGGUGUAUGUCAGUUUCUUUGAAAUCUACUGUGGUCAGCUGUAUGACCUGUUGGACCACAGAAAAAGGUUGUUUGCCAGGGAAGAUGGACAGAAGGUGGUUCACAUUGUUGGGCUGCGUGAUGUCAGAGUGGACUCAGUUAGCUCACUGCUGGAGGUGAUUUCACAGGGUACAGAAGAGCGAACACAAGGGGUGAGUGGAGUGAAUCCGCUCUCCUCUCGUUCCCAUGCCUUGCUUCAGAUUCAGCUAAGAGGUCUGAACUAGCAGAUUGCUGGCAGAAUGUGGUUUGUGGACCUGGCAGGAAGUGAGAGGGCAUCAGACACCAAAGAACCAGAUAGGCAGAGUCGUAUGGAGGGAGCUGAGAUUAACCAGAGUCUGUUGGCU